AUGAAUCAGAUGAAUGUGGCUGGCAUGAAUCCCGGUGCAGGGGGCCCCGUGGGAGGUGUCCCAAUGAUCAACAAUGGUUCAGCGGCCCCCCGUAAUGACCCAAAUAUCAACAACAUUCCUGAAAACAUGAUAAACAACCUCAACACUUAUAUAUACGAUUACUUUCUGAAGCGCGGUUACCAUGAGUGUGCUAGGGCGCUUGUGAAGGAUGAUUCUAUCAAACUCAAUACUGAGCCGUCUAUCAAGACAAGUCCGGGUCACCGUCGCGACGCCGACGUGAAUGGUGUCGACGGCGAUACAAUGAUGACGGAUGGAAAGGAUGGCGAUAAAUUGAAGAUCCCCGAUGACCUCCCCCGCCCAAACCUUCCUAGUGAGGGACAACAGUCAUCAUUCCUCCUUGACUGGUUCAGCCUCUUCUGGGAUUUCUUUUGGGCCCAGCGCAAGAAAGGGAACAGUGCGGACGUAAGGCAAUAUCUGCAACACACCCAGAAUAUAAUGCGCCUCAGGGAACAACAGCACAAUCAACUAUUACGGCAACAGCCACUGAUACCUGGACAGAUGGCACAGAUGAAUAUGCGCCGGAGCAACAUGGUUGCCCCCAAUCUCCAGAAGACUGUUCUGCAGAACAAUACAUCUGGCCUGUCGCAACAGCAACUCGCUCAGAUGCAUAAGAACCAGCAGGUGCAGAUGAUGCAACAAAUGCAGCGGGAGCACUCGGACAUGGACAUGAACGGCCAUCGGCCCCAGUCGCCGUCCUCUGCAGAGAAUGCCCCGUCUCCGUCGAAGCGACCUCGCCUCGAGGGUGGUCCUAUGAACGGCCAGCAGUUGGUACCCAACGGACGCGGUCAGCCGCAAGGUAUACCAAACCAGCAGACCCCACAAGCGAUUUUGAUGCAGAACGGACUCAAUCGGGCGAUGAACCCCAAUUCGUUCCAGGCUUUUCCGCAGUCGGGACAGACUGCCCAGUCGAAACAGAUGCAGGUAUAUGCUCAGAACUUGGCCAUUCAUCACACACGCUCAGCAUUGACAAACCAGGGCAUGCCGAAUGGUAUGAUGAAUCCCGGUGUCAUGCCGACCCAGACGGAUAUGGUGCCCAUGCCAGAUGGCCAGGUCUAUCCCAUCAACGGCGACUACUAUGGCAAUGGUCAAAUGGCCCAGGUUCGGACGGGGAUGCAGACACCUGGCGGUCAGCACGGUAACCACGCUCUCCAAGAUUAUCAGAUGCAACUUAUGCUGCUCGAACAGCAGAAUAAGCGACGUUUGAUGAUGGCUCGUCAAGAGCAGGAUAGCAUGGCCCGGCCUGACGGCCAGCCCCCAAUGCCCGGGCAGCAGCAGGGUUUGCCACCAGGCACCUCGCCCCAAGGCAGCAGGGCGGGCACAUCGCCGAAUCCCAACGACCAAAUGAAGCGGGGUACCCCGAAGAUGCCCCAGACCGGCCUCCCCGGCUCCCCGAGCGCUGCCGACGCGAUGGCCCAGGGCCGCGGAUCCCCUUUGAACUUCCCUGGGGCCCAAAUGCCCCCUGAGAUGGGAGGACCGCAGUUCUUCGUGAAGAACAUGGCUGAGGGUAUGGCGGGUCCCAACGGAAUGCGACCUCCGAGCUCCAACCCUGCGUUCACCGGCCCCCAGAUGGGUCAACCGAUCACGGCGGGUGCUGCCAAUCGGAUGCCCAACGGAGGCUGGCAGCCACAGCAAGGCGUUCAGGGCCAGCCGAUGGCACCGCAACCAUCUCCCGUGGCCCAGCCUCAGUCCACGGGGACACCUCAAGAGAGGAACGCCAUGCCGCCGCCCCAGGCUCCACCGGCGCCGGGUGCCAACGUUGGUCGGACCCAGCCUCCAUCGCCCCAGACCGCUGCCCCGCCGACGCCGCAGCAGGCCAACAAGCCUGCCCCGAAGAAGAAGGAUCAAAAGGAUAGUCGGAAGCGACCGAAGAAGGGUUCUGCUGCUGCCAAUGCCGCCGCCCAGGCGAACACGGCUGCCACGCCGUCUUCUGAAGCCGAGCACCCCCCAACCCCAACACCUUCCACUCCGAUCACCCCCCAACAUCCAAACUCGUUCAACAAGGCCGGUACAAAUGCUACGACCAGUGCUCCGCCGCAGCCGACGUCUGCUCCCGCACCGCAGCCGCUUGUUCAACAGCCACCGGACCAGACUCAGCAACCUUUCAACGAUCUGAGCAUCCCCGAUGCAUCUGCUUUCAACCUCGAUUUCAGCGCCCUAGAGAACCCGGACAUCCUCGAGAACUUCGACUUCGAUACGUUCCUCAACACUGAUGCGGACACUGCUGGCUUUGGAUUUGAUCCCAACAUAUCGUAUCCAACUGAUGGUGUUGAGACCGGUGCCGGUGACGGCUUGUGA